AUGGGCGACUACGAGCAGCUCUAUCAGCAGGGGCUUUACCUGUCCCCCAACCAGCAGGAUUUGCUGCUGGCCGCCCUGUCGUCCAACACGCCCGCCCACAAGCAACCUCAGUCAAACCCCAACCACACCCCCCUUAUCAAACCCGACCCCAGCCCAGAUCGCCACUCCCCCAAUGGAAUCAGCGCUCCCCCUUCCGGAGGUUUCGAUUCCGCUCAGCUCAAUACAUUUGGCUUUGGUGAUGAUGAGAGCCCAUUCCUCGACUUCAUUCCGGAGGCCGACUUUGAGUUUCCGGGAUCCGCAGAGCUGAUUGGCGAACUGCCCGGAGGAACAGGAACCGAAUAUGAACUUGGCGAAAAGCGCAAAUCCAUGGACGGUAGCGUCGAGACGGAAGGCGAGGAAACCGGGAAGAAGCGACGGGAAAGCGAGGCAAAGAAGCCCGGUCGCAAGCCACUGACCUCUGAGCCCACCACGAAACGGAAGGCACAGAACCGGGCCGCUCAGAGGGCAUUCCGCGAACGCAAGGAAAAGCAUUUGAAGGAUUUGGAGACCAAGGUGGAUGAGCUGCAGAAGUCUUCAGAUUCAGCCAACCAGGAAAAUGGAUUAUUGCGAGCCCAGGUGGAACGACUACAAGUCGAACUGCGUGAGUACCGCAAGCGUCUCUCAUGGAUGACGAGCAGCAACGGGAUCUCAGCCAUGAGUGCCAUUCCAAGUGCCCAUUCACGAGGAGCGUAUGGCCUGCAGAACAAUGAUCUUCUGUUUGACUUUCCCAAAUUCGGGGACUUGCCAGGCUCGCAUCUCUUCAAUGGCCAAGCCAACAAAAAUGAUCAACCCAAGAAGGAUGGCAGUAACCGUGCUCCCGGUGUAUUGAGCCGGGACACAUUAAACGGCUUCCAAAACUUCCAUGCUUCCCGGGCCGGCGAUGCCUCCAAGUCGAAUGCCAGCACACCCACUGGACCUGGUAGCGCUAAGUCGAACUCUGCUGGUUCAUACGGAACCCCUGGUAGCAGCACAUCUAUUAAGACCCCUUAUAAUAACCUGAAGCCAUCCACUGGAUCGACCAACGAUACAGCUACUUCGGAUUCUCCCUCCUCUUCAUCCGAUUCUCACCAGAGUCAGUUGCUCUCUUCGAGUGGUACUUCCCCCGAACCGAGCUUGAACUCUCCGCCCGAGGCAAAGCCCCAUGACUCCGGGAACAUUUGCGGGAUCCACGGCUCCAUUAAUGGUGAGGAAUCAUUCUGUGCAAAACUUGGCAUGGCCUGCGGCAACAUCAAUAACCCCAUUCCAGCUGCUCGAGACCAAAAUUCAAAGCCUCAGAGUGUCUCGAGCGACCAACCGGUCUCGUCCUCCACCGAGGACCCGGUCGGAUUCGAUUGGCUGGCUCAACAAAAUGGCGGUCAGUUUGAUCCAGUUCUUUUUGGAGACUGGCGCGAGCCGCAGGAUGCCGUACUGUCUCAAGACUUUGGCUCUUUCUUCAACGACGCAUUCCCCUUGCCCGAUUUGGGUAGUCCAUCACACAACCUUUCGGAGGCCGCGGUCCAACAGGCGCCCAAGAAGGACCUGAUUGCUCAGAUUGAUAGCAAGUUGGAGGAGGAGGUUGUUCCAGGCGAGGACAAAUCCCAGAUGCUAUCAUGCACCAAGAUCUGGGAUCGUCUUCAAUCCAUGGAGAAGUUCCGCAAUGGCGAGAUCGACGUCGACAAUCUCUGCUCUGAACUACGCACCAAGGCUCGUUGCUCCGAGGGCGGUGUAGUUGUGAAUCAGCGCGAUGUUGAUGAUAUCAUGGGUCGCGCCAAGUAA